CCACAUCGUAAACCGUAAACCAAGUGGCAAUCCUUGUUGUUGGGACACCAACAAACCGCCCCCUUCUCCCGUGGCCACCCGUUUCGUCGGGGGUGGCGCGGGAAAACGCGGAAAAUCGAAUCGACGCGACAUCGCCGCCGCCGCGUGUGGAUGUUUGAGAAUUUGGUGUAACAAAUUAAGUGAUCUUGUAGCGGGAAAGUGAAAGCCAAACGAAAACACCAUUAGCAACAUCAUCACAGAAUUGUGCCACGCUAUACGUGUAACCUUCAAUCCGGUGAAUCACCUCAUCUGGGGAGGAAGAAAAUUAAACAUUGAUUAACUUAAAUAGCACAAAGUGCAAAAGCAAAAAACAAAAAAGAAAAAAAUAAAUAGUGAUGUGAUUAAAGAGAUGGCGCUUCAAGUAACGAAAAAAUGUUUAGUCUACUCAACGCUCGGGGCGAUUCUGGCGGCCGCGGUGAUCGCGACCGUGCUAGUUCUAGUGCUGCGCGACGACGAGGAGAUCAUGAAAAACUACGCGAUCGACAAUAGUGGCCUGGUUAUCCAGCUGCAGGAGCAACCCGAUCAUCGGUACGUGCUGGCACUGCUGAGGGAUGGCAUCCCCAUCCAGCGCAUUACGUUCGAUCACGACUUCACCGACGACUCCGAAGUGGAGUCGAUCCCGCGGGGGCUGCAACUGAUCGGCAGCGGACAAACCAUCACCAUCAAGGAGAUCGAGACGUCGCCCAACUUUUCCCUCAUCAGUAUUACGCGCACGUUGCGCAAGGGUCAGAUCAUAUCCGAUGUGGUCCACUUCAACCCGGGCGGCGAGCGGGAACUCCAGUGGUACGGCGGUCCGGAACAGAUGGAGCAGCACUAUCCGGUGCAGAAGUUGCGUUUUGAAGAUUAUGCGUAUGUUCCGAAGGAGUUGCACAGUGCCGCGAUCGUUGAGCGAUACUGGCUGAACUCGGCCGGGGUGUUUGUGUACGUGGAGAAGGAGGUACCGCUGUUUAUCGAUCAGGACGAAGAAACGCUGCGGUUGACGGCGAAGAAAGAGAUCCCGUACUAUUCGUACGAUGAGAGCUUUGAGUUCAAUUACCGUAUUGGGGUGGCCAAGGACGCUCGUGAAGGUCAUCUGAAGGCGGUCGAGAAGGUGUUGAACAAACCCGUUGGUAUUCCGGAUGAACGCAUGGUGCGACAUCCGAUUUGGUCAACAUGGGUGAGGUAUCGAAGACCGAUCAGCCAGCAGACGAUUCUGGACUUUGCCAGUGAGAUCAACGGGUAUGGGUUCAAGAAUGCUCAGCUGGAUAUCGAUGACUAUUGGGAAAACUGCUACGGUUCGUUGAUCUUCAAUCCGAUCACCUUUCCGAAUAUAACCGAGCUUACGGAGCAACUGAAGGAAAUGGGCUUCCGGGUGACGCUGUGGAUUCAUCCGUUCAUCAACAAGAACUGCCAACCGUGGUACACGGAAGCGUUGUCCAAGGGCUUCCUGGUCAAGUCUCACAACGAAACCAUUGGCUACAACACCAAGUGGUGGAACAGCGGCGAGAACGAAGCUUCGUACAUCAACUUCAACAAUCCAGGAGCACGCGAGUGGUUCCGUCAGCGACUGCAGGAGUUGCGUGACGAAGGGAUCGACAGCUUCAAGUUCGAUGCCGGUGAAACCAGUUGGGCUCCAGAAGACCCGGACGUGGACGGACAGAAGGCACUGCUGCCGACCAGCAUGACCACCAACUUUGUGCGGAUGUGUGCCGAGUUUGGACCGAUGAUCGAGAUUCGUACCGGGUUUACCACUCAAGAUCUUCCCGUGUUUGUGAGGAUGCUGGAUCUGGACACCCGUUGGGGCAUGAACAACGGUCUGCAAUCGCUGAUUCCGACGCUUCUUCAGAUGAACCUGAAUGGGUAUCCGUUUGUCCUUCCGGAUAUGAUCGGUGGAAACGUGUACGGAGACGACAUCCUGACCAAGGAGCUGUUCAUCCGGUGGCUACAGGCAAACACGUUUAUGCCGAGCAUGCAGUUCUCCAAGACCCCUUGGGACAUUGACAUUGAGAGCGUAGAGAUAUCCAAGCGUUACGUAAACCUUCACGAAGACUACUCCGACUACAUUCUGCAGCGAAUGCGAUUGGCCGUGGCCGAAGGAAUCCCCGUGAACCCCCCGAUUUGGUGGCUUGAUCCCGAGGAUGAAAUCGCCCAAACGAUCGGCGACGAAUACCUCCUCGGCGAGGACAUCCUGGUGGCGCCGGUACUGACCGAGUUCGCCACCACCCGGAACGUGUAUCUGCCCAAGGGAACGUGGCGCGACGGCAACACCAACCAGGUGUACGAGGGCGGCCGUUGGCUGUACAGCUAUGCCGCGCCGAUGGACACGCUGCCGUACUUUGUCAAGACUUCGUUCCAGAUGCGGCGUUAGGCGUUGGAAAGGAUUGUUACGUAUAAGGAUAAAAAAGUGAUGCGCAGAUUCACAUUCAUGUGAUAUACGAAGUAAAUUGUACGAGAUUGUGUAUUAUUUUGCUGGGGUAGGGGAAAUUCGUGUGGUAAAUUAAAGAUUUUGAACAUGGAAA